GAGAUUGGAGGAGAGCGUGAGAAAAAGGGAGGGAUGAGAGGGAGGGAAUAUUGUUAAAAUGACUGGAGAAAAGCAGAGGGGCGAGAAACAAAGUUGAAGUCGCGGUUCGACUCAGUCGUGGUGGCGUCUCCGGUGGUUUAUAAACGCCCUAAUUCCGCCCAAGAAGAAAUUGUCUCCGUUUUGUUGGCGUCGCACGGGCGGAUUCUCCCGGGUUCUCCACGCGGACACAAGAGCCUCCUGCUAGCCCUGCCCCCAAACCUCCCACAAGGUGCCACAUCCAAGAUGGCUGCCUGACCGGGACACUGGUGUGUCAGUGGCAGAGUCGGGGACAGCAGACCCCUGGUCUGAAACGGGAGCACCCAUGAUGGGCGGGGAGUACCUGAGCAGCACGCUCUCGGCCUCCAGCGCGGCCCUGCCCGUACCCUCCUCCCUGACGCUGGAGCAGAAGGCCGCCUUCGUCUUCGUCCUCCUCCUCUUCCUCCUGCUGGGCCUGCUGAUCGUGCGGUGCUUCCGCAUCCUGCUGGACCCUUACCGGAGCAUGCCCUCUUCCACCUGGACCGACUACAUGGAGAAGGACACCUUCGACUACCGCAUCGCCUGAGCCCGGGCCCUGGGCCUGCGCAGGUGGCUUCUGCCUUGCCUGAAGGACCCUGCGUGGAAACUAUAUAGGGGUCUAUAUAGGGGUCCACCCACGAAGUGUAUCGCAGAAUGUCAUGUAAAUGUUCCAAGUGAACACACACACACGCAUGCAUACACACACACCCACCACACACACACACACACACAUACGCACACGCACACGCACCCACAGGCAUGCGCUCACACACACACACCCACACACACACACAUACGCACACCCACACACGCUCACACACACACACCCACAGGCAUGCACUCACACACACACACCCACACACACACACAUACGCACACCCACACACGCUCACACACACACACCCACAGGCAUGCGCUCACACACACACACACACAGGUUAUUGUAUUACUUCACAUUCUGGCUGACAUGAAAUCAUCUCUGAGCUCCAGCUGAUUCUGGCCACGUCCCGUAAGGAGAUUGCUGCUGGGUGGGGUGGAUGGGAGGGUGAGGCGUGAGGGGUGAGGUGUGGGGGCAAGGGGAGGGAACUUUCUGUUCUUUGGCAGAACAUUAAAUUUAGCCUCUGAUACGCAGCUUCUCAUUACGCACCCGGUCACUUAUCAGCCAGGGAGGGAAAGCCUGUAUGAGGAGAAUUCUGCUCCCCCCUUUCCCCUCACCUCUCCCCCGCCCAGUCGAGGGUUUGACGGAGGGGGCAUAAUUUUGGUUUCUCCACCUCCCCCCCAGGACGUUCUGUUGGGCAGCUUUGAGGUGAAUCCAUUGCCAUUGUACAUAGAUUUAAAAUACAAGACCUUUUCACUUUUAUCUCUUUUCCAGAUUUUUACCAAAUUUAUUCUCUUUGUACAUUUCUUUUUUCUUCUUUGUACAUUCUCUUUUAAUGAACAUACCAGACUUUUUGGGCAUUUCUCCCCCGGUGACGUUUUGCAAACUGGCCUGAUUACAAGGAAAAGAGCUCUUUUUGAUUGGAGGGCUUUGCUUGGUGUUGAUGUGAAUUGGCCAUUCAGGAGACAGGAAAAACAACCUAGGAAGAAGACCCCAGCCAAUCAGGGGCAUUGAGACCAAAGGAGUGGAGAAGGGGGGGGGGGGGUGUCUAUGUGUCCUCUACUGUGGCAUGACAGAAAGUACUUAUCUUGGUGUCAUUACAGGAAUGCCUACAAGCUGUUAAUCCAAGGUUCAAUGUUUACAUGUUUUCUUACAUAUAUAGAUAUAUAUCCAUAUGCAGUGGUCUUUGGGUGGUGUUUGUGGGAGUUCACUUAAAUGGACCUUCUGACUCUGACUUUCGUUUUCUCGCGAGACGAACAGCUCUGUCCCCACAGCGGUCGAAGUAAUCUGUAGAAUCUUUCAAAUAAACUAAAAAUAAAAACAAACAAAUAAAAGUUCACUUAAUUAUAACCAGGUGAUGACGUCACACGGUGAUGUCACAGGCCAGGCCAGAAUGUUCCAGAAUUCGGACUUAAAGCACAAGGCGCAGACCAUUCUCAGCAUCCUCCCCGCAAUCAAUGGAGCACCAGACCGAGAGACACAAAAACACCUCACGUUUAAUCAGGUGCUGGGGUCCGGAACGAACGAGGUGUGGGGCCGCAUUCACCUUUCUGUGCGGUUUUUCAGCUGCUCCCGGUCACCAAACAUCAAUUCUGGCGGGGGGGGGGGGGGGCAAAGCUCACAAAACAUGAGCGCCGCAGUUCCGUCAGCAAACGGACUCGGUCAGAGCUUUAAACGGUCAUAGCACAAGCACACAGCUGGAAGAAUUAGCACAAUAAGCCAGGCGUGUCGAACGUUUAUAGACGCACACACACACACACACACACACACACACACACACACACACAGACACACACACACACACACACAGACACAAACACACACACACAGACACAGACACACACACACACGCACAGACACACACAGUACUAUCCCUUUACUGAAGAUGUCUGCAGCUCUCGGCCUUCCUAGCUAGCUCUUUGCCUUAUUCAGUAGCGUGUUUACAGUCAGCCGAGCUCCAACGGAGGCGCCGCGCGGCAUUUUAAACAGAGAUUUCAGCCAAUCGGCAGGGGGCUUGGAGCCACGUGUUCCCUAUGCUGAUGAUGCGGCACUUUUUUUUUUACUACAGUCUUUAUUGUGCAAAAAAAAAUGAGGAAACUUUUUUUGUGUUUUUUUUAAAGAAUCUAUAAUAGGUUUCUCUGUCGUGUACAGUUGGGUGUUCUCUUCUUGACAUUUCUCAGUAUUUCUUCUGGCAGAAAGAUUUUUUGUGUGGGGGGGUGGGCGGGCUGGGUUGGUUUUGCAGUAAUAUCUGCCACACUCUUGUAAAUGACCUGUGUCAGGGAGAUCUAUCUCCCUAUCUGACUCAUCUGUAGGAUCUACUCUGCUUGUUACUCUAUUGUAGUUCCAGCCUACUUUUUCAAACCUGUUGUUAUAUAGAUUUUUUCCAACAUGGUGAGUUAUUUGUUUUGCUUUGUAAUAAACGAAUGGUGCUUGA